AGAGUUUUCAUAUUAUUACUAUUCUGCAAUUUUAAUUUUCAUUCAAGCCAGUAGUAGGGCAGUAGCCACAUCAGCAAUGAGUACCUCUGGAUCACGAGCCUUGCAUUAUGUCUAUAAAAUUGGUGACAGGACUGCUACAGCAAAAUUCUACAAAGACAUACUUGGAAUGAAAGUUCUGCGUCAUGAAGAGUUCACCUCUGGCUGUGAUGCAGCUUGUAAUGGUCCUUAUGAUGGCAAAUGGAGUAAGACCAUGAUUGGAUAUGGAUGUGAAGAUGAUCAUUUUGUUUGUGAACUGACUUACAACUAUGGUAUCUCUGACUACAAGCAAGGCAACAGCUUUUUUGGAUUGUACCUGAACUCGGCAGAAGUACUUGCUCGUGCUGCUGCUGCAGGCAUCUCUGCAACCCCAGUGCCUGGAGAAGAUGGAGUCAAGAUGUUGGAUGCCCCUGGUGGCUACAAAUUCUUUGUAAAUGAAGGAAAAUCAGCAAGAAAAGACCCAGUCUACAAAAUAGCCCUGGCUAGCAGUGACCUGAGUGCCACCAGUGCAUACUGGGCUGGGCUACUGGGCCUGCGCAGCUUGUCUGGUUGCCCGGACGGCGUGGCGCGAUUCUCCUUCUCUGAUGAUCAGGCAACGCUUGAGUUCAGGCAGAUUGACGGCAAAGUUGACCAUGCAAAGGCUGGUGGACGAGUUGCCUUCUCUUGCCCCUCAUCCCAACUGAAGAGCAUUGAAGAGAAGGUAAAAGAUGCCGGCCAUACCAUCCUCACUCCCUUCAUCUCCCUCGACACACCCGGCAAGGCCACGGUCCAAGUUGUCAUACUCGCCGACCCUGACGGACACGAAAUUUGCUUCGUUGGAGACGAGGGCUUCCGAGAGCUAUCCCAAGUUGAUCCUGCAGCUGACGCUCUUCUGUCGAAGGCGCUGCAAGAGGACCAGAGUGACUCCUGGUUUGCAGAGCAUGGUGGCAAGCAGAGCGAGAACUAAACCAGCUUGAUCUUUAAACGUCUUCAAUUGAAGAUAAUUGUUUCAUGAAUCAUUCAAAGUAAAUUGCUCAUCUGUUGAUUUACUGGUGCACACCGGGGUAUGUCAUAUUGCCUGAGUGAAGGAACUAUUCCAAACAACAAUUUUAGGUGAUACAAUGUUUUUGGGCCUUGUAGUGACCGCAGAAACCCUUCUUACUUCAAUAUUAUUUAUAAAUUCAAUAGCUGUAUUUGGACAGGGCCAAAAUUGCCUUAGACUACAUAUGUAAUUUACUAUAACUUGUUCAGAGCGACUUUAUACUUGAAGCAUUAAAUUAUCAGUUAAAGAUACUUUUUGGUUUAAAUUAAAGACACUUAUUGGUUAAGUCCAAAAAUUUGUUUGGCACUUUAAUACCCAGUGUACAAAUGUGCUUCAGUCGCACUUUAGCUCCUCGGAAUAACCUGGAGUGCUUAUUAUGAUUAUUUCUGUAUCGAUUAUUUAGUACAUACGAGAUGCUAGAUUCGUGAGUUUGAGCAUUCACUUUUCCACCAACAAGUCUAUAUAUAGUAAAUUUAAUUUACAUUAUUCCUAGCAUAUGAAUGAUCAGUAUUGCUGUGAGCUUCCAUUUCCAUUAGACACGUCGCUUAUUAUUUCCUAAAUGUUAACUGUUGUAAGAAUUAUUAAAUUUCAAGCAAUUCUCGUGUAUUGCCUUCUCUGUAUUCUUUUUAUAUAAUAUAUGAAUGAAGUAAUCUCAUCACAAGAUUGUGUUCGUUUCGUCUGUUUGAAUUUCAUUUGUUACAAUGUUCAGUUGCUGUUAUAAAUUAAUGCUCGUUAUUGUUACGAAUGAAGAUCGUUCGUUUCUGAAAUUGUUUAAUUAAUCCUGCUAAAAGUUUAUUAAUGUAUUAAUGCAAAAUUUACCGAUAUGAAUAACUUAAAUUUAAGCUUUGUCGCCUGCAUUACGGACAAAUUAGUUCAGCUUAAUAUUUAAAUAUUUUUUUGACAUUAGCCUUACGUUUUUUCACUUGAAACUUGAGUUUUUUCAUCGUUCUGUAAAUCACUUUAUAUAAAAUAAAAAAUUACACCAUACUUGUACUAAUAAUUUAGAUGCAUUGCGUUGUGUAUUCUGCACUUCUUCAAUUUGAAACACUUGUUAUACUGCAGCUUUUUAUUGAUCAAGAUUUUCGGUCUCGGUUAUGGGCGCAUAUUUUAGUGGUACUGAACAUCUUCUGUUAACGCAUUCCAAUUACAUGCCGUUUGUUCGGGCUUCACAAUUUACUCUGCUUUUUAAACUGUCACCUGUACUUGAAUUAUAAGAUUAUUUGGAGGUCCUUCUCGUUCUUACUUGAGCAUUGUAUUAUUUUAGUUAUUUUAUAUCGCUCAUAUUAUUCUAGCACCUUAGCAUUAUCUACACGAAUACAUGUUGUACUCUAAUACUUUAAAGAUAAUUGAAUAAAACAACGUAUGACGAAAAUAUCUGUAUUUACAUACAUUACCAAUUCGUUACAUCGUCAUUGCGCGUUAAAGAAGCAUUCGUUAUAGUAUUGUACACCUUACACCUAUAUCGAUGUUUGGUUAUAAACUCUUUAGUUUUAAUGCAGUUUUAGUAGUAACAAAAUAAAUGAUAAUAUUUACA